UAGAUUAACUGCAGACUAUCUUUUAGACACGUCAGUGUUUAAACAUAAAAUAUAAUCAUGCUAUCAUUGUAAACAAUUCCUUAUUACAGUUUGUACAAAAUGACUGGCAACGUGUUUUUGAGUGUAUUUCUAUUAUUUACGAUAAGUUUCGUGAAAAUUCGAGGAAAUGUGAUAGUAAACACUAGUUCGGGGCAGGUGGAAGGUGUGGAACUAUCAUCAAUAAUACAGAAUGAGAAGUACUACUCGUUUAUGGGUAUACCUUACGCGGAGCCCCCGGUCGGCCCGCUCAGAUUUAUGCCUCCAAAGCCGCAUCCCGGAUGGACAGGGGUGCUCAGUGCCAAGAAAGAGAAGAAACCAUGUGCUCAGUUCAAUUUGCCAGUCAGACACAUAAACGACCAUGGGUUCUGCGGUGACGAAGACUGCUUGCACCUUAGCGUCCACACCCCGAAGAUCGACCCCGACGCUAACUAUCCCGUUAUAGUAUUUAUCUACAGUGAACUACACAAAAUAUCACACAACAGUUCAAAAGACUACGGCCCUGACUUCUUUAUGAAUGAAGGUGUAAUUGUCGUAAUGGUCAAUCAUAGACUUGGCUCCUUAGGGUUCCUAUCGUUUGAAGAUGAUUUACUACCAGGAAACAAUGCAUUGAGAGAUGUUAUUCUUUCUCUUAAAUGGAUUAAAGAGAACAUACACAAUUUCGGGGGUGAUCCUUAUAGGGUAACAUUGAUGGGAGUUCAAGACGGGGCUGGGUUAGUCGACGUACUUUUACAUUCGCCAAAAGCUAAAAGAUUAUUCAGCAACGUUAUUUUACAAGGCGGCACAUCGUGGGCUUCUAUAUAUUUCCCUGGAAAACCCCGCGAGAGAGCGAUAGAGUUCUCCAAAGUUUUAGAAGAAGAUGCUAAAGCGAGCACUGUGCUAUUAAGACGUCUAUCCACUGUUAGUGCUUCGAAACUGACAGAAAAUGAACAUAUGGCGGUGCAUGCGGACGAAGCUCGAGCUGUCCAAAGAGGAAUAGUCGCAUUUGGACCAGAAGUUGAACACGAUCAUCCUGAUGCCAUCAUCUCUAAACUGCCGGAAGACGGUCCUAUAGACAUUGACGUGCCAGUGAUGAUCGGCUACAACUCCAGAGACGCUUUAGAAGCUUUAGGGCGCUACUUGUACCAACCACAAUACCUCACUUUUGCUGACAGAGAUUUUGUGGUCCUUCUCCCUAUACGAACUGGCUUCUACUUCAAGUUACGAGACAAUAUGUAUUACCACGCCAUGAAAGAGAUUAAGGAACAUUACUUUGAUGAAGGUUACGUAAAAGUAAGUAAGCCUGGAGAGUACAUAACGUACAUGACCGAUAUAUUGACUUUCUACGCAGUAGAUUAUACUGUUAGGAAGUAUACAAAUGAAUCGAAAUCCGAUGUAUUUUAUUAUACGUUUGACUACAGCGGAGAACUGAAUAUGAGAAAGAAGCAUGUCUUAUCAGAAGCUAAGACAAUUGAAGGUACCUGGGGCGCGACUGUAGGUGAUGAUCUCUGUUACCUGUUUGUUUGCAAGAGCAUCGCAAAAGAGUACAUUAAAGCACUUAAUGAUGAAGAUUCUGAGGAUAUCAAAGUCCUGAAAAACAUGGUUCGCAUGUGGAGUAACUUUGCUAAGACUGGUAACCCAACACCUACCGGCGACGAGGUCUCGUGGAAACCAGCAACUAAAGAGAACAAAGAGUGUUUGGUCAUUAACGAAGACCCUCAGAUAAGGACAAAGCUCCACGACGAUAGGGUCACUUUCUGGGACACAUUUAUUGCUAAGUACAAGGCUAUGGCUGAUAAUGGAGUGGUCAAAGAUAUCAAGGAUGAACUCUGAGAAGGUUAACAUGUUGUGUUAAAUAAUUUAUUUUUCUAUGAGUAAAUAAAAUUCUCUUUUACAAUUAUUGUGGAA